AUGUUAUCCCUAAACUACCUAAUUAGUAUACUUCAAAUAGUCUCUUGUUUAAGUGAUUUUGAAAAUAUCAAUGUGAAAUUCGAUAACUAUUUACGUCCAGAUGAACCUGAUCUUCAUAUGUUAGAUGACUCUAAUUAUCAAGGUCAUGAACAUUAUGAUGAUUUUGGACAACAUUACAGUGAAUAUGACCACGAUCUAGUUACUGGUUCACAUGAAUAUUCACAAAAAUUUAAAGAAUUAGAUCCAGAAGAAGCAAAAUUACAAUUAGGAAAAUUAUUCCAUAAAAUCGAUAUUGACAAUGAUUUAAAAAUUGAUAAAGAGGAGCUGAAAGGUUGGAUUAUUCAGUCGUUUAUUUCCCUUGAUCUUGAAGCGUCCAAACCACGUUUUAAAGAAUAUGAUGCCAAUGGUGAUGGUCAAGUUGCAUGGUCUGAAUAUACAAAUAAAAUUUAUGGUUACACAGCUCAAGAGUUAGAAGAUUUUCGUAAAGAUAGUAAGAAUGAUACAAAAUUAUUUAUCCAGUCUUUAGAUGAGGAAAAAUUAAAGUUCGAUUCAGCUGAUCAGGAUAAAACUGGUUACUUAAAUGAAACAGAAUUUGUUGCAUUUGAACAUCCUCAUAAUUAUCGUCAUAUGGCACCGUAUGAAUUAAAACAUACUUUAAGGGAUUUCGAUAAAGAUAAAGACGGAUUUAUUAAUGAACUGGAAUACUUAGCCGAUGAUAAAAUGAAUAAAGAUGCACUCAUCAUAGAAAGAGAGAAUUUUAAAAACUACGACAUUAAUAGUGAUGGAAAACUAGAUCCAAGUGAAAUGGCAUUAUGGGUUACACCGGGUUUUGACAAAACAGCCGCCGAUGAAACUGAACAUUUAUUCAAUGAAACUGACAAAGACAAAGAUGGUUUAUUAACAAAAGAAGAAGUACUUGAUCAACAUGAUUUAUGGGUUGGAAGUCAAGCGACUGAUUAUGGAAGGCAUUUAGAGAACUUACCAAAAGAUGAACUGUAG